AUGCGCGGGACGGCGGGACCGGGGCCGCCGGGCCGGGGCCGCCUCCCGGGGACCCGCGGCCUGAAGGCCCCGCCGCCGCCGCUGCUGCUCCUGCUCGCGCUGUUGCCGCUGCUGCCCACGCCUGGCGCCGCUGCCGCCCCGGCCUCGCGGCUCCCGGCGCUGCCGCCCGCGGCCGCGGGGCCCAGCGUGAGCCUCUACCUGAGCGAGGACGAGGUGCGCCGGCUCAUCGGUCUUGAUGCAGAACUUUACUAUGUGAGAAAUGACCUUAUUAGUCACUACGCUCUAUCCUUUAACCUGUUAGUACCCAGCGAGACAAAUUUCCUGCACUUCACUUGGCAUGCAAAGUCCAAGGUUGAAUAUAAGCUGGGAUUCCAAGUAGACAAUUUUGUGGCUAUGGACAUGCCCCAGGUCAACAUUUCUGCUCAGGGGGAAGUUCCACGCACUUUAUCAGUGUUUCGGGUCGAGCUUUCCUGUACUGGCAAAGUAGAUUCUGAGGUUAUGAUACUCAUGCAGCUCAACUUGACAGUAAAUUCUUCAAAAAACUUUACAGUCUUAAAUUUUAAACGAAGGAAAAUGUGCUAUAAAAAACUUGAAGAAGUAAAAACUUCAGCCUUGGACAAAAACACUAGCAGAACUAUUUAUGAUCCUGUACACGCAGCGCCAACCACUUCUACGCGUGUGUUUUAUAUCAGCGUAGGGGUUUGCUGUGCAGUAAUAUUUCUUGUAGCAAUAAUAUUAGCUGUUUUGCACCUUCAUAGUAUGAAAAGGAUUGAACUGGAUGACAGCAUCAGUGCCAGCAGUAGUUCCCAAGGGCUGUCUCAGCCAUCUACCCAGACGACUCAGUAUUUGAGAGCCGACACACCCAACAAUGCAACUCCUAUUACCAGUUAUCCUACCUUGCGGAUAGAGAAGAACGACCUGAGAAGUGUCACUCUUUUGGAGGCGAAAGCUAAGGUGAAGGAUAUCGCAAUAUCCAGGGAGAGGAUAACUCUAAAAGAUGUACUCCAAGAAGGUACUUUUGGGCGUAUUUUCCAUGGGAUAUUAGUAGAUGAAAAAGAUCCAAAUAAAGAAAAACAAGCAUUUGUGAAAACAGUUAAAGAUCAAGCUUCUGAAAUUCAGGUGACAAUGAUGCUCACCGAAAGUUGUAAGCUCCGAGGUCUUCAUCACAGAAAUCUUCUUCCUAUUACCAAUGUGUGUAUAGAAGAAGGAGAAAAGCCCAUGGUGAUAUUGCCUUACAUGAAUUGGGGGAAUCUUAAAUUGUUUUUACGACAGUGCAAAUUAGUAGAGGCCAAUAAUCCGCAGGCAAUUUCUCAACAAGACCUGGUCCACAUGGCUAUUCAGAUUGCCUGUGGAAUGAGCUAUCUGGCCAGAAGGGAAGUCAUCCACAAAGACCUGGCUGCUAGGAACUGUGUCAUUGAUGACACACUUCAAGUUAAGAUCACAGACAAUGCCCUCUCUAGAGACUUGUUCCCCAUGGACUAUCAUUGUUUGGGAGACAAUGAAAACAGGCCGGUUCGGUGGAUGGCUCUUGAAAGUCUGGUUAAUAAUGAGUUCUCCAGCGCUAGUGACGUGUGGGCCUUUGGAGUGACACUGUGGGAGCUCAUGACCCUGGGCCAGACACCCUAUGUGGACAUCGACCCGUUUGAGAUGGCCGCAUACUUGAAAGAUGGUUACCGAAUAGCCCAGCCAAUCAACUGCCCUGAUGAACUAUUUGCUGUGAUGGCUUGUUGCUGGGCCUUGGAUCCGGAGGAGAGGCCCAAGUUCCAGCAGCUGGUCCAGUGCCUCACCGAGUUCCAUGCAGCCCUGGGGGCCUACGUCUGA